AUGACCUUAAUUGCAGUAUCUUCUAAUCCUCAAUUUCCCAAGUUUUCUUGGACAAACUACAUUCAUGGAUGGCAGGAUCGUUGGGUGGUUUUGAAAAAUAAUACUCUGAGUUACUACAAGUCUGAAGAUGAGACAGAGUAUGGCUGUCGGGGAUCUAUUUGUCUCAGCAAGGCUGUUAUUACACCUCAUGAUUUUGAUGAAUGCCGAUUUGAUAUUAGUGUAAAUGAUAGUGUCUGGUAUCUACGAGCUCAAGAUCCAGAUCACAGACAACAAUGGAUAGAUGCUAUUGAACAACACAAGACGGAAUCCGGUUAUGGAUCAGAAUCAAGCUUACGCCGACAUGGCUCAAUGGUAUCACUUGUAUCCGGAGCAAGUGGUUAUUCAGCAACAUCCACUUCAUCAUUUAAGAAGGGCCACAGUUUGCGUGAGAAAUUGGCUGAAAUGGAAACCUUUAGAGACAUCCUUUGUAGACAAGUUGAUACUCUACAGAAGUACUUUGAUGCCUGUGCAGAUGCAGUCUCCAAGGAUGAACUUCAGAGGGAUAAAGUGGUAGAAGAUGAUGAAGAUGAUUUUCCUACAACACGAUCUGAUGGAGAAUUAUUACAUAAUACUAAUGGCAAUAAAGAAAAGUUAUUUCCACAUGUGACACCCAAAGGAAUUAAUGGCAUAGACUUUAAAGGGGAAGCAAUAACAUUUAAAGCAACAACUGCUGGAAUACUUGCUACACUUUCUCAUUGUAUUGAACUCAUGGUAAAACGUGAGGACAGCUGGCAAAAGAGACUGGAUAAGGAAAUUGAGAAAAAGAGAAGGAUAGAAGAAGCCUACAAAAAUGCUGUGACUGAACUUAAGAAAAAAUCCCAUUUUGGAGGACCAGAUUAUGAGGAAGGUCCAAAUAGUUUGAUUAAUGAGGAGGAAUUCUUUGAUGCUGUUGAAGCUGCUCUUGACAGACAAGAUAAAAUAGAAGAACAGUCACAGAAUGAAAAAAGCAGAUUGCACUGGCCUACAUCCCUACCACCGUCUAGUGAUGCUUACUCUUCUGUGGGUACUCAUAGAUUUGCUCAACAGCCCUAUAGUCGUUCUUCCUCCAUGUCUUCCAUUGAUCUAGUCAGUGCCUCUGACGAUGUUCACAGAUUCAGCACACAGGUUGAAGAGAUGGUGAAGAACCACAUGACUUACUCAUUACAGGAUGUAGGUGGGGAUGCCAACUGGCAAUUGGUGGUAGAAGAAGGAGAGAUGAAGGUUUAUAGAAGAGAGGUAGAAGAAAAUGGAAUUGUUCUGGAUCCUCUGAAAGCUACUCAUGCAGUUAAAGGAGUGACAGGACAUGAAGUUUGCAGUUACUUCUGGAAUGUUGAUGUUCGCAAUGACUGGGAAACAACUAUUGAAAAUUUCCAUGUUGUGGAAAAAUUAGCCGAUAAUGCAGUCAUCGUUUACCAGACUCACAAGAGGGUGUGGCCUGCUUCUCAGCGUGAUGUGUUAUACCUCUCUGCCAUUCGGAAGAUAGCAGCAUUGACUGAAAAUGACCCUGAAACUUGGAUUGUGUGUAAUUUUUCGGUGGAUCAUGACAGUGCACCCGUAAACAAUCGAUGUGUCCGUGCCAAAAUAAAUAUUGCUUUGAUAUGUCAAACUUUGGUAAGCCCACCAGAGGGAGACCAUGAAAUAAGCAGGGACAAUAUUCUAUGCAAGAUCACAUAUGUAGCUAAUGUGAACCCUGGAGGAUGGGCACCAGCCUCAGUGUUAAGGGCAGUGGCAAAACGAGAGUAUCCCAAGUUUCUAAAGCGUUUCACAGCCUAUGUCCAAGAAAAAACCACAGGGAAACCCAUUUUGUUCUAGUGUUAACAGGUAUUCAUAUUUCUGUAUUUAGUGGUUUCUCUUUAUAAAUAUUAAAAAAUAAAUUCAACUAUUAAUACCAAAAUUA